AUGGGAAAUAAAAUAUCUAUCAAAAUUACUAAGAAACUAAAUAAAAAAAAGCGUAUUAAGUUUAGUUCUUCUAAAAAUGAAACUCUUGAUUCGGCAAACAGUUCCAAUUCCCGGCUAACUUCAAAUUUGAGGAUAGUAGACGGUCGACCUUAUUUUGAUGAAGAUUUUUCUAUGUAUAUGUUUCCCAUAGAUUGGGAAGAAGCAGAUAGAAUUCAAGCACUUCAUUUUGUGUUAAAACACAUACUUGGUGGCAAUUAUAGUGCACCGCUUUCAAAUAUUAUUAAACCCGGAAGUAAAAUUUUGGACAUUGGAUGUGGACCCGGACAUUGUUUAGAAACGUCCCAAGAGUUUACUAAUGCCGAGUUCUAUGGAAUAGAUCUAAUAUCUACCUUUCCAGAUAUGAUAAAACCUCCAAAUUGUUAUUUCCAAACAUGUAACAUACUCGACGGUUUACCUUUCGAUGAUAAUGAAUUUGACUAUAUUUUUAUGAGACAUAUGCUUACAAUUAUGAAGAAAUCACAGUGGAAUUCUGUAUUAAAAGAUAUAAUGAGGGUAAUGAAGCCUGGUGGUGUUAUUGAAAGUGUAGAGCUUAAUCUUAUUC